UUAUGCGGGGGUCGAGGGCCAGACGCCUAAUACAACCCGAUGGAAUCCGGAUGGCAUUCAAUGGAAACCCCAUCGAGAUUCAUCAGCUCACCUCACAGCUCGCACUCUAAACUACGCUAAAGAUUCUAUCAUGAGCUUUAUGAACCGCAGUGGCUCUUUUGGAGCUAUCUUGCCCACUUUUUUCACGCACCAGCAGCCAACCCAGGAACCAACCAGCAUCAUCACCGAAGAAAAGCCCAAGCGAAAAUGGUCAGACAUCUUUCGAGGGAGGAGCAUCGAUACUACUAUUGCUAGAUCACCAUCUACAGGCGGCACGAUGGUUUCGCCCAACCGAACGGCCUCACCUAUCGAGGCUGGCGACGGCGUUGAUGGCACUUUUGAACGAAUCAUCCCUGCUACCACUCAACCCAACGAAAAGGGCCCAUUAACUGGCAAAACUCUCUGUGAAGAGGAAAAGCCAGGAAACGGUCAUGUGUGGGACAUUUGGCCCAUCAUGCCAAAGACUGUCAGGAGAUGGGACAAACCAGAUCCAAUUCCUAUUGCGCACAUGCAGAUUCCAGCUGGUUCACUAGUCAUGAACCGGCGCAUGGACCCCUUACCCGAAGGCUGGACAAUGUUUAUCCAUCCCGAGGGUAAACCCUAUUACCAUCGGGUCGCUCAAGAGCCGGAGGAGAACCUAUUGCAAGGCGUAAGCGCGCGACCUCUGCUCUCGAGUCAAAAGGCCUCUAACGAAUCUUCUCUAUAG